ACUGUUUCAGCGCUGCUGAGCGUUCAGGGGAGGGCGAAGUAAGUGAUGCUGAGCCAAUGGAGAUAUUCAUGCGAGGAGCAUCUGUCCUAAACCCGAACUAACCGCUGGCAGAACACUUCUGGCUCCGCGUCGAGGUCACAAUCUGACUGAAGUUUAAAGAGGCUCGUUCUUAUUCACUCUCUUUGGGAGAUUUGCUUGAGCAGGACAAAACAAGAAGUGUGUUUUCGUCGGUUUUGGAGAUGCUGUUCCGCAGUCGAUCAGCACUGCACAACCCCCAGCUGUUAUGAUGCUGAUGCUACAUUCUCUCAAAGGCUAUGCAGACAGGAGCUGGUGUUUAUCCCAUGGAUCUACUGGACAGCACAUACCCAUGACGACAUCGUCUCCCACAAAUCCCGGGAGUUUCUUCUUACUAUGUGGAUUAAAGUCUACAGCAAAGGAAACUAGAGCUUAAACAGCUGGGAUUUUUCCCAUGUUCCUGACAUCAUCUGUAUGAAAUGAGCCCUGGGCGUCUGUCUUUUCUCUCUACAUGGAUGAAGAGCCAAGGAAAGUGUUCUAAAAGCUGACCGUCAGGAUUAAUUUUACUUACAAAACUGCCCCUUUAUCUUUAAACCCAAAGAAGACCCUGAUGGUGUCAUAUGAUAUGGACUAAUUGUACUCAGUAAGAGCGCCCAGCGGCAGCACUUUGGCUCCAGAUGAACUGAUGUUUUUCUGCAUAAUUUUUAGUCAGUCUAGAGCUGUUAGCCCUCCCGCACUGUGUGUCGUAGCAUGUGGCUUGGGCUCAACUUCCACAGCAUCUUAAUUACACAGCCGAACCGAUUUAGACCACGGAGGAAGCAUCUCUACAUCUGGAGAUACGCUGGCAUUUUUUAGAGGGAUGCACAGAGACAUCUGAUCUGCUUCCCUCACGUUUUUUGUUCUCUUUACCUAUGCGAUUUCCUAAAGAAGAAGCCCAAGAGAUCCAGCUCUCUUUCACACGUGCACCUACGGCAGCCAUGAGGGUCGCACCGACACAUUUGGCAGGACUACAGAGCGGCGCUCCACGUGGAUAAAUUAGUUUAUUUCGUAUAGGGGUUACACAUUCUUGCCAUAUAUUUUUACAACUGCACGGCUCGUGGAACACGACAGGAAAGACUUAAAAGGGCCUGAUGCACCUUUUAAGAGCAGCAACAAAAAUGAAUAAAUCAUCAAGAGGGAGUGAGGGCUAGUUCUUCACAGACGGCGCUGAAGAAAACGCUCUUCUCCCCCUACCAGCGAGAGAGGUCUCUGGCAGACUGACAGUUGCAGCCUCUCCUGCUCUCUAGCCUGGUGGAACGUUGAUGCAUUUGCCUUGAGUUUCGCCUUCCUUGGCCCUCCCCCUCUGUGCCUGUGUCAUGCUCUGUUGCCGGCGUGCCGUCCUGGAGCCAUGCCCAUCCCCGAGAUGGCUUUGAGCCCGGUGAAGUCUCUGUACUGGGAGGUGUUCCCCUCCAUGGCCACGCAGCGGGUGUACUGCACACCUGUGCUCUGGGCCGGACGCCUCUAUGUUCUGGGGGGCUGCAGCGAGAACGGCCUCCCUCUGGACUCAGCCGAGGUGCUGGAUCUGGAGAGCCAGCGCUGGUGCGAGCUGCCCCCUCUCCCCACCGCACGGGCCGGGGCAUCUGCCGUGGCCGUUGGAGACCAGCUGAUGGUCAUGGGAGGCAUGGACGCGCAGCAGAGUCCUCUGGCCUCAGUGGAAGUGUAUCACCCUGAUGAGGGCAAAUGGGAGAGAAAGACGGGACUGGGGCAGCCCUCCAUGGGGAUCACCACCCUGGAGAAAGAUGGCAAGGUGUAUGCGCUGGGUGGGAUGGGGACUGACACAACCCCUCAGGCCUCAGUGAGGCUGUAUGAGCCAACAAAGGACCAGUGGCUGCCCCUCACCUCCAUGCCCACCCCACGCUACGGAGCCUUCUCCUUCCUGUGCGGUAACAAGAUUUAUGUUCUAGGUGGGCGUCAGGGCAAGCUGCCAGUGACCGCAUUUGAGGCCUUCGACCUUGAGAUGAAGAGCUGGACCCGGUACCCGUGCAUCCCCAGCCGCAGAGCGUUCUCCUCGUGCGCUGCCAGCGACAGGGCCUUUUUCAGCCUGGGGGGUCUUCAGCAGCCUGGACCCCACAACUUUUACUCCAGACCUCACUUCGUCUCCACUGUAGAGGAAUUUGAUUGUGAGCAGGGUGUGUGGUUGAAGGCCACACGGAGCUGUCGCAUGAGAGAGAAGCGGGCGGACUUCGUUGCUGGCUGUCUCGGUGGAUGGGUCAUCGCUGCCGGGGGACUCGGUAACCAGCCGUCCCCGCUGGCGUCAGUGGAGAGUUAUAACCAGCUGAAGAGGAGAUGGGAACCCGUGGCCCCGUUACCCAGCCCUCGCUGCUCCUGUGCCUCCAUUCAGACCCCAAACAUGCUGUUCCUCAUCGGAGGGGUGUCCCAGGGUCCCAGCAACGCCGUGGAAGCCCUCUGUUUGAAAGAGACCGUCUGACACACAAACACACACUAAUGAACAACUACACAAAUCCUCACAUGCUGUACUUUCCGGAGUGUAAGCUCUGCAAACACACACACGUGCAUACUGACGUCAAGCUGACAUGUGUGUGUCUCUGACAAAUAUUCACAGACUUUCCCCUCAGAAGACACACCAGCUUUAUACUUUGAAUAGUGGAGACAAUCUACUGGAGCUUGGACAGCGUUCCACACCUCUGGAAAGAAGAGUUUUGGACUGGAGAGCUAAGACAAGCAAAAAAAUACUUAAAUAUAACUAUACUAAAUAUAGUAAAUAUAUUUAUGAAUACAUAUAUAAAUGUAAUUAUACAUAUAUUGAUAUAUUAAUAUAGAUUAAAUGUGCAGACCUACACACGCAACACUCCAGGCGCCUUUGAACUAUACAGAAUUUUUCAGUAUCAAAGCAGGGUAAUUUUCUGGCAAACUAAAGAGGAACUUAGGGCCAUAUCCACCACGCUGCCACAGCAUCCGUCUGAGGUAGCAUGUUAAGCACUUUUUGUAUUAUCGACAAACAGAGGAUCUUCUGCGUGAGACUUCAGAAAUUGGAGGUGGAUGUGUGUGUGCGUGUGUGUUUUUGUACCUUCACAGCCAUGCACGUGUGAAAUUGAGCAUCAUUAUGCGUGGAAAGAGCAACUCUUAUAACGGCUAAUCACUGAUGCCUCACUGUAGCAUGAGACAGGGGAGAUGGAGGAGGACUUGGUUCAUCUAGCUGGUUUAUUAAAGCAAUGUUCUGGGUUCAAAACAGGUUUAGCUUGAAAGUAUCUUUAAUAUACUGUUGAUUAGACAGAUGAUCAUUUGAAUGUGUCCCUAAAACAAGCUAAAUUAUGUGUUUACAGUAAUGCUCUUGCAAUGGACAUUUAAGAGGAAAGGUAUGUAUUUUAAUUGAAGUGGUUCUAGUAAUUAAUUUGUACAAACGUCUUUUAUUUAACAUGUUAGUGUUAUUUAUUAUGUUUUUAUAGUGUUUUUGAAAGAAGUCCCACAAGCUCACCAAGAUUGCAUUUAUUUGAUCAAAUAUUAAGUAAAAUGGUAAUAUAGUAACUAUUUGAAAUAACUGUUUUGUAUUUGAUUAUGUUAAAAAAAUGUAUUUCAGUGUCACAUGGUUCUUCAGAAAUCAUCCUUAUAUGCUGAUUUGCUGCUCAAGAUACAUUUCUUAUUAUUUUCAAUGUCCAAAACAGUUGUGCCGCUAAAUAUUUUUGUGGAAAACAUGAUGCAUUUUAAAAACAGCAUUUACUUCACAAAGAAAGCUUUGGUAACAUUAUAAAUGUCUUUACUGUCGCUUUUGAUCAAUUUAAUGCAUCCUUGGUGAAUAAAAGUAUUAUUUAAAACAAACACUGACCCCAAACACCAAAAAUAAAUAUCAAUAAUUUUUUAUUCUUAAGUGUAUUUUUCAGGUAAGAUGGCUCAUUAUUUUAUCUCAAAUUCACUGGUCAAUAGGUGUGAAAACCCUGCUAUAGUUUAUGUAAUCUAUCAUAACCCAUAAUCUAAAAACACAUGUAUGGGUCAGUCACCCGCUUUAAAUGGUUAUGCUAAAAGUUUAAAUAAUCAAAAAUCUCAUGUUUGCAUGAAUAUGGUUAUUUUUUUGUGGUUACAUUUUCAAAAAAAAAAAGAAAAAAAAAUCUUAUAAUGUAAUGUCCUGCCCUACAGACUCACCACUGUAAGUUCAUAAGCUAUCACAUUUGUUUUUAUUUGCUGAUGAACCAGUUGAAAAAUAUUUUCUGUGGUGGUAGAGCUUGUAUAGAAUCCAGAACAUUCCUUUAAUACUAAUGAAGUUUGGACAAAGUCUUACAAAGUGUGUUUUUCUUCUGGUGUGUGCUGUUUGAGGAAAACCUUUACACUAAAUGUGAACCUGGAGCAUAAAACCAGUCUUAAGUCGCUGGGGUAUAUUUUUAACAAUAGCCAAAAAAACAUUGUAUGGGUCAAAAUUAUUGAUUUUCCAUUAAGAUAUUUUGUAAAUUUCCUGCCAUAAAUAUAUCAAAACUUAAUUUUUGACUAGUAAUAUGCAUUGCUUAGAAUUCAUUUGAACAACUUCAAAGGCGAUUUUCUCAAUAUUUAG